AUGAUGACCGGAGAAAAAAUACUCAACGACCGUAAUAAGCCAUUACCAACUAAUCCACGGAAACGCAUGAUGACCAUGAGUACAAAUGAGAGUUCAAUUCGUGAUCCUGUACAUUUGCCAAAUGUUAUAGUCAUGGUUGGCUUGCCCGCCAGAGGCAAAACUUAUAUUUCUCGUAAAUUAUGUCGGUACUUAGAAUGGAUUGGUUUUCGCACUGCGGUUUUCAACGUGGGGGACUAUCGACGUGAUUUGGCGUCUGACGCUGCACAUGGUGCAAGUGCCAGUUUUUUUGCUCCAGAUAACCAACAAGCUUUAAUUGUUAGACAGUCAGUUGUAAAGGAAAGUGCAAGACGUGCUUUGAAUGACUUAGGGAAGUACUUGGAGUCUGGCGCGGGAAGUGUUGCGAUAUUUGAUGCCACAAACACAACCAGAGAGCGGCGGAAAUGGAUAAUGGAAUUUUGCCUCGAAAAGCGGUACAGAGUGUUUUUUGUGGAGAGUGUUUGUGACGACGAAAAAAUCAUCGAUAGUAAUAUCACUGACGUGAAAUUUAAUUCUCCAGAUUAUAAAGGACUAAUGACUGUGGAGCAGGCUAGAGAAGAUUUCAUUAACCGCAUAAAUAACUAUAAAAAAAUGUAUGAGCCGCUGAACGAAAUUUACGAUGCCUCACUUUCUUUUAUAAAAGUUAUCAAUGCUGGUCGUUCAUUUUAUGUUAAUAACGUAAAUGGUCAUGUACAAAGUCGAGUUGUUUAUUUUCUUAUGAAUAUUCAUUUGCUGCCACGAUCGAUAUACUUAACGAGACACGGUGAGAGCGAGUACAAUGUGGUUGGGCGGAUUGGAGGUGACUCACCACUGAGUAGCAACGGACAGAAGUAUGCUGCUAGUUUGGUAGAAUUUUUUAAAAAGGAGAAUGUACCAGAUUUCCGCAUAUGGUCUUCCCAGAAAAUUCGGUCUGCCCAAACUGCCCAACGCCUGAUGCCCUUGGCCACUAAUAUUGAAUACUUGAAGUCAUUAGAUGAGAUAGAUGCAGGAGUCUGUGAAGGCCUAACACAAGAGAACAUUGAAGAGAGGUACCCUGUACAGACAGUUGAACGGGAAAGAGACAAGUACCACUAUCGCUUUCCAUCAGGUGAAAGCUAUGAAGAUGUAGUAGCAAGACUGGAACCAGUAAUCAUGGAACUAGAACGCCAAACUAAUGUCCUCGUUAUCGCCCAUCAAGCUGUGCUUCGCUGCAUACUAGCUUAUUUUCAAGAGAGGCCAUUAGACGAACUUCCCUAUAUUGGAAUGCCAUUGCAUGUCCUCAUAAAACUUACUCCUAAAGCCUACGGGUGUGAGACAAAAUUCUUCCACUUCAACAUAGAUAAAGAAACGGGAAAAGAGUCGGUAAGUACCAGAAGUUAUUAUUAA